GACCGCGGCGGUGCGCGCGCUGCCUUCAUGCCCCCUUCCUCCUCCUCCUCCUCCUCCUCUCUUCCUCCUCCUCCUCCGGGAGCGCGCUCGCCCAGCCGGGAGCGAGCAGCCGGCGGGAGGAUGCUGCAAACGGCGGCGGAGGCGGACGGCUGGGCAGGCAUGAAGCGACCCCUGAGCCCAUCCCACAGCCCUGAGAACAGUUUGCAGCUGGUGGAGGUGACCAGCUGCCCGCCCGGCCCUCCUGAGCAGCGCAUGAAGAGGGAGAAGAAGCACCAGUCGUUCACACUCUGCGAGGUCUGCAACAUCCAGCUGAACUCAGCCGCGCAGGCGCAGAUCCACUACAACGGCAAGUCCCACCAGAAGCGCCUCAAGCAGCUCAACAAGGGCAAGAUGCCGGCAGCCCAAGGUCCCUCUGGACACAGCAGCCCCCUCCUCGCAUCGCUGCCGAUCCCCGGGCGGCCGCUGCACUCCCCGCUGGACAUCAAACACUUCCUGACCUUCCGCCUCAACGGGACGUCCCCGCUCAACCUCUUCCCCAACUUCAACACGAUGGACCCGGUGCAGAAGGCCGUGAUCAGCCACACCUUUGGCGUGCCCGCCCCGCUCAAGAAGAAGCAGUUCAUCUCCUGCAACAUCUGCCACCUGCGCUUCAACUCUGCAAACCAGGCAGAGGCCCACUACAAAGGCCACAAACACGCCCGGAGGCUGAAAGCCAUCGAGGCCAUGAAGAGCAAGCAGAAGGCAGCGGGGGCCGUGGGCGGGGACAGCACGGCCGACUUCACCCCCUGCCUGGAGGGUGAUGAGGAUCCCAGCAGUGCAGUUCCCCCCAGCGACCCCAAGGAGGCGGAUGGUGACGGCCCCGACGUGGCGCUGCCGCCCGGCUCCGAGCAGCCGCCCGCGGAGACACCGGGCAGCGCCGCCCCGCUGGGCUCCCCGCCGCCCUCCGAGCCGUCCGAGGCCGCGUCCGACGCCGCCAGCGUCACCUCCUCGGCCGCGCACGGGCCGGAGGCGCAGGCGGCAGAGUCGGGCAGCAGCGGCUCAGCGCCCGACAGCGAGAAGGAGGGUAGGAAGGGCAAACAGCACCUGUACUGCCCCACCUGCAAGGUGACCGUCAACUCGCUGUCCCAGCUGGAGGCUCACAACACGGGUGCCAAGCACAAGUCCAUGCUGGAAGGACACAGCGCCCAGCUGCGGCGCGGCCGGGGGAAGCUGCUGGCCCGAGCAGGACACAAAGCCAAGAGAAUCGGCAACAAGGGCAGCAUCAACAUCCAGAACAAGGCGUUCCACUGCCAAGUGUGUGAGAUCUAUGUGAACUCGGAGACCCAACUCAAACAGCACAUGAGCAGCCGGCGGCACAAAGACAGGUUGGCCGGGAAGCCACCGAAGCCCAAGUACAGCCCCUACAACAAGCUGCAGAAGAAUGCUGCCCUCGCAUCCAAGCUGGCUCUGCAGAAGCACCUCACCAAAACGCUGGCAACGCGCUUCCUGCCCAGCCCGCUCACCACGGCGGUGUGUGCCAUGCCUGGGCCCCUCGCCCUGCGCCCAGCUGCUGCCACCACGCUCUUCCAAGCCCCAAUCCUCGGACCAGCCCUAUUCCGAACGCCGCCAGCCCACGUCCGCACCACGCCGGGCCCCAUCGUCUUCGCACCCUAUUAGAGCCGCUCGCCAUGGGGCUGCACAGGGCACUGACUGCUCUCCUGGCUGAUGGGAAACCGUAGCAGUAGGCAUCGACCCAGGCUUCCCCUUUGCUUCCAGCUGGCUCCUUUUGGUGUGCAACGCUCCGUCAGAGCCCAGCCAGCCCCACUGUGGCCCCCCCUGCUGCUCCCCCUGCCCAUGACGGCCCCUCAAUGGUUGGGCCCUGUGGGGUGAGGAUGGUGCCGGAGCCACCAGGACCUUGCUGUGCUUCUUGUCUGCCUCCCAGUUCCCAGACUGGGAGGAGAGGAGCCGGCUGGUCCCUCAGGGAUGGAGCAGCCCUGAUCCCACGCCAAAGAGCUGUUGGCCGUGCUGGUCACAUCCUCACUCUGAGAGCAAUAGGCAAGGCCUGGGACUCACUGCUCUGCCCUCUGAAAGCACACAGCCUUUCUCCCAGGCACCCCGAGAAGCACAGAAACUGGGCACAGGCUCUGCUCCCAUCUGGUUUGCACUCCCUGAGGUGGGAAGGAGGGGACACUGCUCUGAGCCCUGUUUGCCUCAAUCCCACCCCCGGGGGGACAAUCCUGCCCCUACCUCAGGGGAGAUGCUGUGAGGCUGUGUGAAUGUCCCCAAAGCACUUUUGGUUCUCCAGAGGAAGGCACCGUUGUUGCUUGCCGUCUCACCCCAUCCCCAUUGGAGCUUCCAAGGAGUUUGUGACUCCACCAAGCGAAGGCACCACCCUGGCAGCCCAGACAAUCAGGGAGGAUGGAGCAGGCGCUGCCAGCCUCCCUCAGAUGCUCUUUUCACUGUGCUCAGAAGGCCCAGCGAGGACCUGGUCUGAAAACUGAACACGCAGCUCUCUGCGUUCCCAGCGCUGCUGUAAAUAGAAACCCGCAGGAAAGUCGCGACCCAAAUGGACCUGAUACUGGAGUGACGACCCACCCUGAUCUAUGCAAUCCCAUGGGAGCAGCUGGCUUGGCGUUUGCUGUCUACGUUUUUGGUGCUCGGUCUGUAGGGCUGGGAGUGUUGUUUGGAGCAGAUAUAGGACACAAAGCAACACUCAGCUCCGUGCAGGUGGUUCCUCUGCCGUGCUGUCCUCUCCCAUCCCCAGGCCGGGUGCUGGCUCAGACACCUCUGCAGCAUCCCGGCACGAGGUCGUGUUCUUGUCCAGCCCUUGGGAUGAGGUGGUUUUGCACAUCUGGGAAUCCACACGCACAAGCGCACAUACCUGACAUCAUGGCCAUAAGCAACACUUGGAUUUCAGGAGGAUUUUGCCCAGCGUGCACCACCGAUGCUCAGGAUGAGGUCUUGGAGGUGUACGGGGACCUGCUGCCACCUAAUGCUUCUGUUCCCAGAGCUGGGAACCUCGGGUGACAGCAGGGACUGCUGCAUGGAGGGAGCAGCUCCCACAUCUGGAGGGCACUCUGCUCUCACCAUGGGCAGUGCUGACCCAUGGAGUGCUGCUGCUGUGUUCCCCAUGCAGAAGAGUAUGAAGAAGCAUCUGGGUAUGGAUUUAUCUGCUCAGGGCAUCUCCCUCUACCUCAGGGGGGGAAGGGGAGGGAAGGCACCAGGUGUUGGGGGGGGGUUCACCUAUGGAAAGAUCAGAGUAGACACAAGGUCCUGAGGUGGUGGGGAGACUUAGGAGAGCAGGCUGAGGGUAGAAGGGUACUGCUGCAGUGGCCUAAUCAGGGACAUGGAGUGGGGCCCACCAGCCUUGGGAUCACGUGUGGCCCAGACCAAGAGACAACCCCAGAUCCACCAGGACAGGACCCUGUGCUGCUCGGGGCCCCCACAGGAGGAUGUGGCUCUGACAGCAUCUCAGUGCUGAGCAGCCUGCAGCCAUCCAGGCCCUCACUGUACCACUCUCACUGUGCUCUUCUCCAGGCCUCCUCCCAGCUCUGGCUGCAGCAGAGGGCAGCACAUCUCCUCCUGCACGCACACAGCAGCCCCGGAGCACAGGGAGAGGCAGCUGUGGCCGUGCUGCAGCCUGCAGGAGCAGCUGGGCACCACUGGGUUGUUUCCCCUGCGUUUUGUUCUAAAAAGCCUGUGCUGGAGCCAGCAGCGGCUGCUCCUGUCAACCCUCCUCCAGUGGAGUCCUGAUACACUCCCACACUCGGCACUUUAACCCUUGAAAGCCAUUCCUUCUAAUAACAAUAAUACUGCAAUGAGCUGCGUAAGAACAUCCUGCCUCUGUCGCAUCCCCUUCGCCUCCAGGGACCCCACCCUGCUCCCAUGCAAUCCAAAGCAUUUACUGCCUUUGACUUAGCAUAUGCUGUACUAGAUAGUAGGGCAUAGUCCACAGCGCUCAGUAAGGCGUGCCCCUCUGUAAAUAACCUUGGAGUGAUGUGAACAGUUUGAUUCCAAGAAAACAAAAAAAAAACCUACAAAAAAUGGAAUAACAGACUGUAGGGACUUGGCCAGUACCCCCCUGUAAUGUUCACUGUAUAUUUUUGAUGUACUAUAACUGUUGGG